AUGCUGCUAGUCAGUCCAAUCAGAGCCAUUUUGCUGUAAAAGAACUCCACAACCCCUCAGUUCUGGCGGCGUUGUUUGCCCAAAUGAUUUGAUUGGACCAGCAGAUCUUUGCCAGUGCUUCAUCAGUGCCCAGCAAAGUGGUUUCACACCGACUUUCCAACUCAUAAAAGAAAAAUUGUUCAUCUCAGGAUAAAGACUGGAAUAGGAGAGACAGUUACAGCGUUUGUGCACACGGUUAAAAAGAAAAGCACUCGACAGACUAAAGCUGAUCUUUUUAAAGAGUCAAAUGAGAGACCAGGGCAGCUGUUUCCCCCUGCUUUCAGCCUCUGUGCUGCACCUUGUUCAGCAGCUUUAGAUUCCACAAACCGUGGAAAUACUGGCAUCAAUUUGCUUGACUAAAGUCCACAAGCAUAUUCCCCAAAAUGUCCAACUUCAUCUUUAACCAACAGAAUUAUCUCCACGUUAAUGUUAUUGAAUGGCUAAUUUUUGCAAACCAUAUGUUUUCCUGCCAUAUAUUUUAUAUAACAUAAUAUAUGAAGCUAUUCGUGGAAUAGUCUCGCAAAAAAAAAGAAAGAAAAUAUUGAUUAAUGUGUGGUAUAAACUCAGAAAGGUCAGAAACCAGCUGAUGAGUUGCUGUGUUUGCUCGGUUUUGUUUGCCUCUUGCAACAUUUUGUCCUCACUCACUGCCUGGAACAAACAGAGUCGACACAGUGGGGAUUCAGCCACACCAUUCAGUGCUUCAGAGAUGAACUUGUGGCUGCUCCUGACGUUCGCUGCGCUGCUUGAAUGCGGUUGCCAAAAACGAGGCGUCUACUCGUGCCCGGACCUGUGCUCCUGCUCUUUCCCGCCCUCAGGUGCAGAGGUGGUGUGCAGCCAAAGCUCCCUUGUACAUUUCCCUGUAGACGGUCUACCUCCCAACACCACAAAGUUGUCCAUCCAGUCCACAAAUCUCAGCAGCAUUGCAGCCAGUCAUUUGAGCGUAGUGCCCCUUUUGGACAACCUCCAGCUGUAUCACAACAACCUGACAAACCUGUCUGCAGAGCUGCUGAGCUUCAUUCCUCACUUGAAGACGUUGGAUCUCACAGGGAAUCGUCUGGUCCAUCUGCCUCCGAACAUCUUCAGCCAUGCCUUGCUCCACAGCCUGGUGUUGAAGAAUAAUCAGUUUGAAGAGGCAGACGUAGCGUGGUUUCCCUUCAAUAGCAGCCUCGCCUCGUUGGAUUUGUCUGGGAACCGUUUGUCUAGCGUCCCAGCUGCUCUGUUCCAGAGGCUGCCCGGUCUGACGAAUCUAGAUUUGAGUUUUAACAAUCUACAAGAGCUGCAUGAAGACCAUCUGAAAGAUCUCUGUGAGCUGGAGACAUUAAACCUAAUGGGGAACAAACUAACCGUCCUAAAACCCGCAACCUUCACGCACAAUCUUAAACUAUCCCACCUGUUUCUGCAGGAGAAUCGGCUCCAAGAGCUGCCAGCGACGCUCCUCCACGGCCUGCAACACCUCGAACUUUUGAUGCUUAAUCAAAACCAGCUGCGGCAUCUGCCCCCUGGUCUGCUGGACGAGAAAAAAGACCCAUUUCUGAUAAUCAUGUCAUUGAAUCCCUGGGAGUGCGAUGAGGACAUGGAGUAUCUGUGGAGAUGGAUCACUACCCAUCCGCAAAACGUCCUCUUUCUGGAGGAUGUGACUUGUAGCAGCCCUGAAGCUCUCAAAAAUCAGCAAGUGGCGUCUUUAACCAGCAGCCAACUCGGCCUUAAAAAUAUAUAAUAAAACUGUAUCUGCUCUCUACAUCCCGAGGCCAAAUUACAAAAGACUGUCAGAUAUUCUGCUGUGUUCGACUGCCUUCCUCUGAUCUGUCCUUCUCCAUAGUUUGGACGUUAUCCAGCCCACCGGGUGGCGUAAGACACUCAAUAGAUUCUCAAACCAGCGAGCAGAACAGACAGUGCAUCUCAGUUAAGGAUCUGUUUAUUCAGUAUGUCCCAGCCAAAAAUCUGUUAAAGCAAAUGUCGUUGCCGGUACAUUCAGCUUAUUUUCCUCAUAAAACUUUUUUUUUGCUCACAAUUUCAUACAGCGAACAAGGACAACCUGAUGGAUGAGCUCAGUCCAUUUUAAAUCCUGCUUUUGUCAUGACUGAUCACAUUUUCGUGAAUGAGGAAUAAAUCAUCCGAGAAUCUGUGGUUAGGUAAAAAGGAAAUCGAGAUCCGUUGUGUCGGGAAAUGACGGGAGAAUAAAGAGCUCCUUGAGAUCCUCGUGCCGACAGAUCUGCCUCACUUGUUGUCGGUUGCAUCACAGAUUGCAGCAUUGUUUCAGUCGUGGCCUUUUGUUUUUAAUGAUGUUGAGCAUGUGGGAGUGUGUGGGCAGUGCUAUGGCUCAGUCUUGCAGCUGACCUCUUCUGGAUGUGUUUAGAUAUUGCUUCUUUCUUUUCUUCUCUUUCCACAUGUGUGCUUAUAUAUCUCCUGCGUGUCCACAUGCCCUCUGCUCGAGCCCUGAUCACGGUGAGUGCGCCCGAUGGUGAUUUAUCACCCUUAUAAAAUGUGAAACAUCGCCUCCUCUAGCGGGCAUUACUUAUGAAAAUUAAAUCUUGUGCGUAACUGCUCCCCAAAGAGCGAAAGGCAAACUUGAAAGUCUUGACGUAUAUGUCUUUCAUUUCACCUCUUUGAUUUGCGUCCCGAAGGUUAAAGGUGGAGAAAGAGGGCUUGCUGGUUCAGAUCCUAAUUCCCUCUCAUGAGAAGACCCUCCGCGGGUGACCAUCUGUUUUGGGGAAAGGGAACAGCGCUCUGCCCCCUACUUUAACAACCACUGCUGCUUUGCGGGAAAGACAAUUAAUCUCCAUCUGAUCCAGCGAGCCCCCCCAGACCUUGACAUUUGUAAGUGUAUAGAUGUGGCCAUAUGUUCUUUGCAUAGAUGAGCGUGUCCGGUGGGUAUGGAGAAAUGUUUUUUUUGUUUUGUUUUUUUUACACACUGCUUUCCUGCUAAUAGUGACUGAAUGACAAUAAAAUCCAAAAGGUCACAGGCAAGACUUUCACGCACAUGAAGAUUGCCGUGGCCUUUCAGACCUGGCGUUGUAGUAAUGGAGACGUGAUCUUCUCUGAUAGCUGCUCAUUAGCACAUAAUACAGCACAUUUCAUCAGCUAACACACAAACUCAUCGUUCGCACUAAGAAAAUAUUUAUUUAAUUAUUAUAUUUAUAAUAUGUUUAAAAUUGUUUUGUUUUUUUACUUUUAAGGGGAAAUAUUUCACUUUUGAAUGAACUAACUUCACACGUACAUCUAUACGGAUUCUUGCUUUGUAGAUUUUUUUUUUUUUUUAAAUAAUCUACCUGACAAUGUUUAAAGCUCCACCUCAGCCAUGCUACUUGUAUGUUAAUGCAUCAAUAAAUAUACAUGUAUUCACCCCGAAA